AUGUCAACAAACCCUUCAAUCGUCUUCCACCAAGGUCUUCGAUGUACGAAGGUAUUGCGACAACCAAGGGCAACUGAUAGCUCUGGAACCCCGGCCGAAACAGGCACCCCAUCUACUACCGACGAGCCUAAGGAAACGCCUACGGAUGACACAACAUCUCAACAGACUUAUCAUAACCAGCACACGCCCAGUGAAGACACCACGUCUACUACGACCGGAGUAACAACAACUACGACCACCUCAGACCUGGAGACGGAGUCAUCUUUACCAAGUCAAACAACCAGUCAAAAUCCAGGUCUGCAUCCCGCAGGGCUGUAUUCCUCUGUUCCUCAUACUACCUUUGCUACCGAGACUCCUACAACAUCGCAGUCCACCCCAUCCUCCGAACCUAUUGGGUUUGUAUCUGACGAUGACCCGACCAGCACUCCUCCAUACGCCAAAAUAUUUGGGGCCCUGUUCGGUGUUCUGGGAUUUAUAGCGCUGGUCGCAAUACUCAUACUCUUUUUUCUUCGCCGCCGAUCUCGUCAAAAGUCAGCCGGUAUAGAAGACGACCGCGCAUCUGCAAACUCAAGAACAGGUCUACGACGAGAUUUCCGCUCUCAAAUGUCUUACCUUUCGGGCCCGUCUCCAACGCCCUCGGCUAUUCUAAACCCCGGCACUACACAAUACGCCCAUGAUGAGCAACGUCGAAUACCCUCUCGCGACUCCAACUACUCAGACCCAUUCUCGGACACGGCAGGGGACCACGGCGGACCAAACAGCGCCGCCAUACCCAUUAUAAUACAAGGUUCUACCGCAAUUCCUAAUAAAAACGAAAGCCUUACGCAACCUGCAAAGUCGUACGCCGCAAAUAGGGAUUCCGUCCACAGCGGAACAAGCCUAGGUAGCACCCUCGUUCUCCCUGGGCGAAGCAGCCUAGGGAGCGAUUUCCCGUCUAGCCCAUCUUUGCCGAGGUCACCAGGCAACGACCCUACCUCUUCGCAUCCAAGGCCGAUUGCGCGGACAGUAAACACGCGGAGUGGCUCGUUAGAUUUAGAUAAUGCUCAAAAUGCAGUAUCUAGGAGGAGCUCGGGGGCCAUGCCGAGUGUAUUAUUAUGA